UCGAACGGUAGAGCGCUCGUGCGCCGCCUGUACACACCGCUACGAACAUUUUGUUUCCACGACUUUUUAUCAACAGUUGUGUAGCGAAAUACGGCGUACUGUUUCCUUCAUUAAAACAAAUGUGUAAUGCGCCUCCGUGUUGCAGUAUUUCCCGCGCUGUUUUUAUUUUCAUCGCCAGUUUUUCAUAAACAAUACCUUUGAAAUACAUAUGAAGUAUUCGGAAAGUGUAUACAUGCAGUUCGUUGAAGAAAACGCUACGAAAUAAACGAUUUUGAUUCAUACUUUCGUACGAUGGAAAACAGCGAACAUUACGCUAUCGUAGAUAUAAGUAUAAAUGAUAAGCAUAUAAAUAUUAUCAAUGCUGAUUCACAUAAUGAAAACAACAAGAAUGGAAAUAAGAAGAAUUCUGCAUUAACUACUGUGAUAAAACUACAAAGAGACCGCGGGGAGCGCGACUACAUCGGGUUCGCGACCCUACCAGAGCAGGUGCAUAGAAAGUCCGUAAAGCGGGGCUUCGACUUCACGCUGAUGGUGGUCGGCGAGUCUGGCCUCGGCAAGUCCACACUCAUCAACAGCCUCUUCCUGGGAGACCUCUACAGAAAUAGAAUGAUACCCGAUGUACACGACAGAUUAGAAAAGACGACAACAAUAGAGAAGAAGACGAUGGAGAUCGAGGAGCGGGGUGUGCGAUUGCGGCUGACUAUAGUAGACACGCCGGGCUUCGGCGAUGCAAUCAACUGCGAGGACUCAUGGCGGGUCUGCUCCGCAUACGUCGACGAUCAGUUCAGGCAGUACUUUACCGAUGAGAGCGGCCUCAACCGCAGGCACAUGCAGGACAAUAGGGUGCACUGCUGCCUGUACUUUGUACCGCCCUGGGCCCACAGCCUGAGGCAAGUGGACGUGGAGAUGAUGCGGCGGCUACACAGAAAGGUGAACAUCGUGGUCGUCAUUGCGAAGGCAGACUCACUCACUGUAAUGGAAGUUAAAAAACUCAAAGCGCGCAUACUUCAGGACUUAGAAGACUAUCAAAUACAAGUGUACCAGUUCCCAGAGUGCGACAGUGACGAGGACGAGGACUUCAAGCAGCAGGACAGAGAGCUAAAGGCGGCGGUGCCCUUCGCAGUGGUCGCCGCCGACACUGUCAUGGAGGUGGGCGGCCGGCGCGUGCGCGGUAGGCAGUAUCCCUGGGGAAUCGUCGACGUGGAAAACCCGCGCCACUCGGACUUCACGAAGCUGCGCACGAUGCUGAUCUCGACGCACAUGCAGGACCUGAAGGAUGUGACGCAGGACGUCCACUACGAAAACUUCCGCGCGCAGUGCAUCUCACAGAUAUCGCAGCACGCGUUGCGCGAACGAGGAAAAUUGAAGAGAGAUUCCAUGGGCAACAACAAUGAAGUAGUUAUUACAGACACUGAUCGUUUAUUGCUACAAAAAGAUGAAGAGAUCCGACGCAUGCAGGACAUGUUGACACAAAUGCAGGAGAAACUCAAGGCUUCCGAUAAAAAGCACGACAGCAUUAUAGAUGUAUAAAAAUAGACUGCAAUAUUUAGUUGUAGCGUUAUUUAUGAACUUAUUAUAUGAUUCCUCCUUUAUGGUGGCCUGCGGUUAGUUACGAGAAAAUGCCUCAAGCGUUCUCUGUGGGUGGAGAAAAGCUCUUUCAGGAGCAGCGUGCGCGCUCGCCAAUACCGGAGCAUCGUCUCGAAAUUGCGAGCUGCCAUAAAGUUUGAAUAGCACUGUACCUCUUCCCCAUAGAUAGUAGUUAACUGUAAAACCUCUUCGACGUGUUCGGAAGAGAAAGAGUUCAUUAUCAAAUACGGGAACUAGGUGUAAAUAUAAAUAUUAAUUAGUUAAUUAACUAGAUAUUCUGCUGAUUUUAGAACGAAAUAUAUAUUCUAUUUGUAUUAAUAGUCUAAUAAAUGAUCGAUUUGUCUAUUAUUUUUAAAUGUUUAAAUUUUUAUCUGUUUGGACGAUGACGUUAAAUUAAU